GGUUUAGUCUGACACUAGUCUAUGUCCGUUGAGUUUUUGCUCUUUUCUGUUUACUGUCAAGUGAAGAUUGCUGUGUUUUCACCAUGGGUCGUGUCAGGACUAAGACCGUCAAGAAGGCAGCGAAAAUUAUUAUUGAAAAAUACUACACAAGAUUAACUCUUGAUUUUGACACAAACAAGAGGAUAUGCGAAGAAAUUGCUAUUAUUCCAACUAAGCCUCUUCGUAAUAAAAUUGCCGGAUUUGCUACUCACUUGAUGAGACGUCUGAGGCACUCACAAGUACGUGGUAUUUCUAUCAAACUGCAAGAAGAGGAGCGUGAGAGACGUGAUAACUAUGUUCCAGAAGUUUCUGCACUUGAACAUGACAUCAUUGAGGUUGACCCAGACACCAAGGACAUGUUGAAGAUGCUGGACUUUAACAACAUUAAUGGUCUUCAGUUGACCCAGCCUGCUACUCAAGGAGGCUAUGGUGGCAGACGUAAUUAAGGAGAAUAAAAUAUAAUAUUAAAAUU